AAGGCCGCCUAAAAACAACACAUCUAGUUCAGCAGAGUUUCUGCAUAAUCUACAUAUUUGGCUCAAGAAUUUGAUAUUGCAAGUCACGGUGGGCCAUGCAUGAAGUGAGCAACCGCAGGAAAGCAGGGUUGCAUUCGCAUCGUCAAGUCGUACCGCGCAACCGCUGCUGGACCCGAAGACCUUUGUGUCUACCGCUGGACCUUUUCCAGGUGCUUGUCGAAACUUCAGGGGCUCCGCUCUGUCCACCCGAAGCCGGUCUAUUUCGGUGAAAUAUGGCAAGUUGAACUCGAUCAGCCAUGUACGGGACAUUAGGCUAAGAUUCAUACGCUCAAGGGUCGAGCAAGUGUCGUCUCCGCCAACCUCCCCCGGGCGUGGCUUGACCGUGUCUUGUUCUGCGAUACUCGACAAUGAUUGGUAUUCAGUUACGAAUGAGCAAGAGCGCUCUACAACACGAAUGUCAUGAAAUCAUAACUACUUUCACGACGAAGCUGCAUCCCGCUUCCACCAGAUAUACCAGAUUAGCCAUUCCUCCCCGACAAUUUAGAUUGAGUGUGAAGGGACAUUGGCUCACCACAGAGUACAUUGUACAGCAGCUCAUGCUGGGGCUUUGCGGCAAUAAUCGCACGCAGACUACAGGUUUUCGGUUACCAACACUCGAGCAUAACCAACGGCCACUUACUCUCCGACCGUCUUUGAUCAACAAACCCCUUUUUGGACAGAAGAAAACUUAAACUCCAAUGUCUGGCUCGUAUCUUCUGGGCGAGUAGCUUUGCCCAAUUCUGUUCCAUUGUAGUGCAUGCGCCCCUUCGAAACUUGGCAGCAAUGAUCCUCCGCUUGUUUCAACACACUUGAGUUACCUUAUAUCCUGAUGCAAAACCCCGUGGUGGUUACUGAGUUAACUUGCAUCACAACAGAACCUUCAACCCACCAUCGAUCCGAACACCGAACCAGCAUCCACGAGUCCGACUCAACCCCCUCCCUUCCCGACACCGUCGAAGUCCAGCAAGUCAAAACGAGCUUACGAGCGAGAGAUUUUACGCCCACGAGGCUCAGUAAAAACGGACCAAAGAAUUCCGUCCCCACGAUACGAAUCCUGUUUUACUGCAAAACCGUCUCACGAAGAGUUGGGACCAAAGCAUUGUCCUCCGAGAGGUUGCGAUGUUGUCAAGUGGUCUUAUUCCUCUUCAAAGCCCAACAGGACCAGCGGCGGGUUACCUCACACUCGAAGUUGACAACGAACGAACAGAAAGAUAUAGUCCUCAUCUUCGCAGCCGCCCAGGCCUACGGCACCGACGUAGUGGCCUGGGGAGGGUCCAGCAAAGACAGCGUGGAGUGUACAUAGAGCGGCUCGGAGUUUGGUAGUCUUGGUUUGGUGUAAAGGCGGUCGCCAACAGCCAGGCGAGACGGGUGAAGGCUGGGACAAGCUCGAGCUUGGAUGUGGCCCUUCUUGACCCGCUCAUUGACGAGCUUGCGCUGAGCACUGGAACCCUCUCGACAUGGACGUCAUCCAAGGGGAUUUAUUCCAAGCGGCGGCAAGUCGGUUAUACUUCGAGGCUACCCUUCCCGCUAUCAAUGGAGUCGGUAACUACUCAUCAUCCCAUGCCCAAAUCCGACAGAGCAUGACUCUCUCAGUAGAUCAUAUCAUUUACAUCAAGUCAGUGGUUCUUUGCGGGGCAUUAUAUGUUUAGUUCUUCUUCUGGCCAUCAGUCUCCUCCUCGGCUUCAUCCUUCUCAUUUCCAUCCUCCUGGAAUCUCGUCUCCUGGGCUGCAACAUUGUUAGCAAACGAAUCUCUCGAACCCAUUCCAACUUACCACUCCACAACUCGGCGUAAACACCAUCACGAUCGAUCAACUCCCGAUGAGUGCCCAUCUCCGCUACUUGUCCCUCCUUGAGGACAAUGAUAAGAUCCGAAUCAAAGAUUGUUCGGAGACGAUGAGCUACGAAAACACUUGUUCGACCCUUUUCUCUAAGGAUACUGUUGAUGUUCAUCAUGAGAGCCUGCUCGGUAUGGGUAUCCAGGGCACUUGUUGCCUCAUCGAAGAAGAGCAGAGGUGGAUCCUUGAGGAGCAGUCGACUAACAGCAAGACGCUGCUUCUCUCCGCCGGAGAUCAUGAGACCUCGCUCACCAACCUUGGUAUCGUAUCCUUCGGGGAAUGACUGGAUGGUGUUGUGGACGUGAGCGCGCUUGGCAACGGCAACAACCUCAUCGUGCGUCGCGUUGAUGGAGCCAUAGCGGAUGUUGUGCUCGACGGUGUCGUUGAACAAGGGGGUAUCCUGAGGAACAACACCAAUAGAGCGGCGAAGAGACUCGAGAUUCACAUCUCGAACAUCUUGGUCAUCAAUCAAGAUUCGGCCACCCUGAACAUCAUAAGAUCGGAACAAAAGACGCAGAAGAGUGGACUUUCCGCAACCGCUGGGGCCAACAACUGCGAUCUUCUUUCCAGCAGGGAUGGUCAAUGACAAGUUUCGCAGGAUCGGUCGGUUAGGGUGGUAAGCAAAGUCGACAUUCUCGAACUUGAUCUCACCACCCUUUGAAAGGACCAGGGGCUUCGCAUCAGGCUUCUCCUUGAUGUUGGCAUUGACCUUUUGAAGGUUGAAGAGGGUCUCCAUAUCCAGGAGAGACUGUCGAAGCUCACGGUAGACGGAUCCGAGGAAGUUGAGAGGAACGGAAAGCUGGAAGACAAGCUGGUUCACCAUGACCAAGUCACCAACGGUCAAAGUACCCUCAGCUACACCAUUGGCGGCGAGGUACAUCAUACCUGUAAGUGCCGACGAGAAGAUGAUGUUCUGUCCACUGUUCAGGAAAGCCAGAGAUGUCGCAACCUUGAUGGAGUUCUUCUCGUACUGCUGAAGAGCCUUGUCAUACCGCGCAACCUCAAACUUCUCAUUGUUGAAGUACUUGACAGCCUCAUAGUUGAUGAGCGAGUCCACUGCCACAGUGGAAGCCUUGUUAUCAGCGGCAUUCGCCUGUCUUCGGAAUUUCUGAGAGCAGCGAACUUUGCGCCAUAGUUAGCCCUUGUUAAACCACCAGUCUGUUUAGACAGAUGGAACGUCAAGUCGAGACGCAGCAGAUGAUCGAAUACAUUACAUGCCACCCUUCGGAUAGCGUUCUGUGCAACAGACGCAAACACGGCGUUUCGCAAUUCCUGGAAUACCGUUGCGCCUAUACGAGACGCGCCGUAUGCAAGGAUCAUAGCUCCCGCAACUGUCGUCGCAGUACCUCCCACAGCAGCAAUAUCGAUGUUCAUUGAAUCCACAAUGCUUUUAAAGUAGAAUGGCACUUGCACAUUGAGAACCUUUGCGCCAAUCAACAAGGACACAGCAAGACCGACUCGCAGCUUUGUACCCCAGUCAUCCUUGGGCCACAGAUACCUAGUCAUCUCUUUCAUGAUAGCCCAAUCGGCCUUACGCUGCUCAGUCGCAGAUUUAUCAACCGUCGCAAGAGGAUCAUUUUGUUUCGUCGGUUGUUUCUGCGCAGGAAACACGGCCGUGGGUUUCGUCGUGGCUGUGGUUUUGGUUUUCGAAUCUGUGGGUGCUCGUUCGCGACGCGGGGCACAUGUCCAGAAUGUCUGCGUCAAACCCGGUCGCUGAGACACUGACGACAGUCGAUAAAGUGCCAGACUUCUCUGAGGACAUGUCCUCGACGACCGCAAGAGUAAUUGAGGUAUCAUAGUGACUAUUCGGCUCAAAUCGAGCUCAUCAUGGGAUGUGACUGGUAGUUUAUGGCGGGGGUAGCGGGAUAGCGCGUCGACAAGAGGCACGAGACAACAAGGUACCGGAGCUGCCAGGGACCUUGGCUGCGAUCCGGUAGCUACCUACUUUACCUUGGCCAAAGAGGGGUUCGUUCCAUUUAUUAAAAGGGGGAGAGAUUUUUUGUUCUAAGCACUUGCUGGAGCUCACCUAAGAGUAAGUUGCCAGAUUCAGAUGGAUGAUGCAACCGGUUGGGGCCUGAGGCAGCCAAUCAUCGGAGCGCCGACCCAAUGAUGGCCAGGAAUGGGAAUGGACUUGUAAGACAGAGAAUUAUAUGCAAUUAUUUAGUAGAUGUCUUUUGAAUAUUAAAUUGUAUUUAGAGGUCACUUUUCGAGUGGAAUUGAGUUGUUUCUCGG